AAGUGAUUUAAAUAAAUGAUAAGAUACAGCAUUUUUAAGUUUAAUCUUUAUUAAUGAGACGUUUAAGAAGGAAGUCGAAUCUGUACAUAAAUGUUAACCUACAAUAGUUUUCAUGAAUUUGAAUCAGCAGACAGCAACAAAUACCUCAGUACCUAAUAUAUAUGAUGAAAAGUACAUUAAAUUUGUAAAUGAUGUAUUAAAGGAAACAUCUGAAAGUUAUGAAAAAGAACAGAAAUUUUCAGACACUAUACUAUUAAAUCUGUAUAACAUUUUUGGCGAUAUACUUGAAAGAGCACUAGAUUUGUAUGAACAGGGACGGGUAACUCAUAUUUUUCCAUCUGAAACAGUUGGAGUGGCAUCACAUAAUGCCAGAAAUAAUGCUAGAUAUUUGAUACAAGUUAAAGGAUUAUCAAAUGUAUCAUAUACACUCUUCCCUGACAUUAAUUACUGUACUUGUGCCUCAUUUAGAUGCCAAGUGUUAAAUGAUAAGUCUCUGUUUACUUGUAAACAUGUUUUAGCAGCUUGGUUAGCAGCAUUCACAAAAGAUAAAUUAUCUUAUCAAUAUAUAGCAGAGAAGCAAUUUCAAAGUUUGUUGCUAUAUCAGGUUUCAUACAAGCAACAUGUAUCCUGAUAUAGAAGAUUAUAGUUUA